GCGGGAGGAAGGCGGAGGAGGAGGAGGCCGGGCAGGGGCGCCAUGGCGGCGGCCGAGACGAAGAUCAUCUACCACCUGGACGAGCAGGAGACGCCGUACCUGGUGAAGCUGCCCAUCCCCGCCGAGCGCGUCACCCUGGGCGACUUCAAGGGCCUCCUCAACCGGCCCAACUACAAGUUCUACUUCAAGUCCAUGGACGACGACUUCGGGGUGGUGAAAGAAGAAAUCUCAGACGACAAUGCCAAGCUGCCCUGUUUCAACGGCCGCGUGGUGUCGUGGCUGGUGUCUGCAGAGGGGUCCCAUUCGGAUGCGGGGUCGGUCUGUGCCGAUAACCAAACAGAGCUGCCGCCUUCCAUGGAGCGCACGGGAGGCAUCGGAGACUCCAGGCCCCCCUCUUUCCACCCUAACACUGGGGGGAGUCGGGAAAACUUGGACAAUGAAACAGAGACAGACUCAGUGGUGUCAUCGCAAAGGGAACGACCUCGUCGGAAAGAUGGGCCUGAGCAUGCACCCAGGGUGAACGGUACAGUGAAGGGAGAGCGGCGCCGAGACCUGGGCGGGUACGAAAGCUCCUCCACGCUCAUGAGCAGUGAGCUGGAGACCACCAGCUUCUUCGAUUCAGAUGAAGAUGACUCCACAAGCAGGUUUAGCAGUUCAACAGAGCAAAGCAGCGCUUCCCGUCUAAUGAGGAGGCACAAGCGACGCCGGCGGAAACAGAAGGCUCCACGCAUUGAGCGGUCAUCGUCCUUCAGCAGCAUCACAGACUCCACCAUGUCCCUGAACAUCAUCACUGUCACGCUAAACAUGGAGAAAUACAAUUUCCUGGGCAUUUCCAUUGUGGGACAGAGCAAUGAACGCGGGGACGGAGGCAUUUACAUUGGCUCUAUCAUGAAGGGCGGUGCUGUGGCAGCUGAUGGCAGGAUUGAGCCAGGAGACAUGCUCUUGCAGGUGAAUGACAUCAACUUUGAGAACAUGAGCAACGAUGAUGCUGUGCGGGUGCUGAGGGAGAUCGUGCACAAGCCGGGGCCCAUCACCCUGACGGUGGCCAAGUGCUGGGACCCCAGCCCCCGAGGCUGCUUCUCGUUACCCAGGAUUGCUCCCCAGCGGAUCUGGGCUGGGCCAGACUCUCCAUGCUCCGAUCCGGGUGAGCCCAUCCGGCCCAUUGACCCGGCAGCCUGGGUGUCUCACACGGCAGCGAUGACUGGCACCUACCCAGCGUACGGUAUGAGUCCAUCCAUGAGCACAAUCACUUCCACCAGCUCCUCCAUCACCAGCUCCAUCCCAGAGACCGAACGCCUCGAUGACUUUCACCUGUCCAUCCACAGCGACAUGGCCACCAUUGUCAAAGCCAUGGCCUCCCCAGAGUCAGGCCUGGAGGUGCGUGACCGCAUGUGGCUGAAGAUCACCAUCCCCAAUGCUUUCAUCGGUUCGGAUGUGGUGGAUUGGCUGUAUCACCACGUGGAGGGCUUUACAGACCGGCGUGAAUCCCGCAAAUAUGCCAGCAAUCUGCUGAAGGCUGGCUACAUCCGACACACCGUCAACAAGAUCACCUUCUCUGAACAGUGCUAUUACAUCUUCGGGGACCUCUGUGGAAACAUGGCUAAUCUGUCCCUUCACGAUCACGACGGCUCCAGCGGUGCCUCCGAUCAGGACACUUUGGCUCCGCUCCCACACCCAGGAGCCGCACCCUGGCCUAUGGCUUUCCCGUAUCAGUAUCCACCGCCUCACCCUUACAACCCCCACCCCGGCUUCCCUGACCCAGGCUACAGCUACGGAGGGGGCAGUGCAGGCAGCCAGCACAGUGAAGGGAGCCGGAGCAGCGGUUCCAAUCGCAGCGGCAGCGAGAGGAGGAAGGAGAGAGAGAAGACCGGGGAGUCCAAGUCAGGCGGCAGCGGGAGCGAGUCGGACCACACCACGAGGAGCAGCAUGCGGCGUGAGCGCGCGGCCAGCGAGCGCUCGGUGCCCGCCAGCCAGCACAGCCAGCGGAGCCAGCACUCCCUGGCUCACAGCAUCCGCAGCCACCACAGCCAGCAGUCGUACGGGCCGCCCGGCCUCCCCCCUCUCUUCAGCCCCCCCAUGUUGCUGAUGCCACCACCGCCUUCAGCCAUGGGGCCCCCCGGGGCGCCGCCGGGCCGUGACCUGGCCUCUGUGCCCCCCGAACUGACAGCCAGUAGACAGUCCUUCCGAAUGGCCAUGGGCAACCCCAGUGAGUUCUUUGUGGAUGUAAUGUGAAGCGCCCGUCCCCUGUCUGUCUGCUGCCCCUCCUUCCCCCCCACCCCAUCCCCGUCGUUUGUCUCCUAGGACCGGCCCUGGCUUCACCCCUUGUUUUUUUGGGAUUUUUUUUUUUUUUUUUGGUCUUGAUAACUAAAAGAAAAAAAAGGGAAAAAAAAUAAAUGGAACUAAACCUUGAUUCUAAUCCCUCCUCCAGCGGGGUGGACGGGCUUGGCAGGCCUGCUGAGCGCUGCCAGCCCAUCCCGCCACCAGACUUGUGUAUUGCCGAUGGUAAUUCCCUCCUGCCGUCCUCUCUAACCCCAUUAAUCCGCAUCCGUCCCAGCGCCCUGUGCUGCUUGCCCGUGUGUCGCUGCCGCCUCCUGGUCCUUCCGCCCUAAACAUCUCUUCUUUCUUUUCACCCUUUUGUGUUUCUUCUAUCAAGCAGCAAAGAAUUACGGGGUGUUUGACUUUCUCUGAGCCUGCCGCCCGCAGGGGGGAGAGCUGGAGCGUGGCGUGGCCCGACAGGAGGACACGGAGCUCCAAGGGCGCUGGGCGCGCAUGGCGCUGAAGAUGGCUGCUUUUCUCCCCCUAGCGGAAGACGCCCUGAGAGGGGAGCGGGGCCCAGCCUUACGUGCAUUUUCAAUCCCGUUGUAGUUGCCUUUUGGCCAACGCGUGAAUGUUCCAGGGCUUCAGUGCCUCCAGGGGAGGGGAGAGAUGCUGCCCCUUCCUUCCUGCCUCCCCUUUGGGCCAGGUCUGUGCCUGGCGCUGCCCUGUGGGUCUUGUGUGGCUCGGGGCUGUGGGGGCAGAUGCUCGCCCGGCCCGAGGGAACCUCCACGGGGACCUCAACCUCCACCCUGUUCUUUGCUCUCCUGCCUGGGAUGCUGCUGCCCCUCGUUUGUAGGGUUUGUCCCUCGGGCAGCUGUGGCCAGGCUCAGUUCUGCCAGGCAGCGUGCCCUCUUCAAGAGCCGGGGUGCAGCCGGGGGGAGAGGGAGGGCACCGUGGGUUCACUGUCAUGCUUCUGGGGAACGUGGAGGUCCCCUGUGUUUGUCCGCCAGGAGGGACAGCGCUGGCACUGCCCCGUUCCCCCCUGCGUACGGUACCCGGGGGGAGCUCUUUGGGCUGGGGCUUAGAGCGCAGGGGUGCAUGCAGCGAGGCGAGUCCACUUGCUCCGGCGCUCCUUCCCCCUUCUUCCUUCCUCUCGUGGAUCCUGGAGCCUUUCCUCUUCUCUCUGCCUGGGGUGCGGGAAGGAGAGGUGCUAGGGGCCGGGGGCAGCCCCUGCCCCGUGCCAAGCUCGGUACGUCGGUACGUUCAGCUCCGCUCGGCGCCACAGCUCCCUCCGCGCGCGUUGCCUCCUUUGGUCUUUCGUGUUUGCAGUUUUAUACUUCAGAGAUGACAUGUAUUUUGCUCCUCCGGGGUCCGCAUGGCGCCCACGACCCCUCUGCCAGCUCUCAUGUGCCAUCCGUUCGUCUCCUGGAGCCUCUCCUGUCCCCGGGGGGUCAGCUCGCCCAGCGCCCGCUGCCCCCGGAGCGGGGCGGCACCGGCACGCCACAGCCCGUCCCCCCUCGCCCCUGUCCUCAUGCCACCCAGCAGCCUCCCCGGCCACCGCUCGCUCCCUUGCCUGCCCGCUGGGUUUUAUAUGAACGAAUCCAACCUCCUUGUUUUUAUUUAUAAACAUAGUUUUA